UUCUCGCCAAUAUCAAAAGUUUCUCUGCUACUUAUUGAAAUUUUCCCAGCAAACAAACACUGAAAAAACAGAAGAACUCGAGAGCAAAUCUGUAUCUUUAUUAUCCCCUUUCCUGUACAUGCAUUAAAUAUUCUUUAUCAGUGAGAUAAAUCAACUAAACCAGGAAACUUUUAGCAGCUGGUAACCAAAGCCCAGUGAAGAACAGAUUUAUGAUUACCAGUUAAAUACUAAUUGGCAAGCUCUUUUUGUUACAAGGCAGAAACUUUGUGGAGACGACUAUCAUAUUGUUUGUAAAUUUCCAAUCCUUUAUCAGAGAGAGAGAGGUGCAAUAUAAGUUGCAGAGUGGGAGCUCAAGUUCUGGUGUGUGUGCCUUGUUGUUGAUUGAUUGGUCUGAAAGGUUAUAAUUCGGUGACUAGUCCAAUAAUUUAGGAUACAUGACUAGCCCGUCCGAGCGAUGGAUCGAUGGUCUUCAGUUCUCAUCACUGUUCGGCCUUCCACCGCAAGACCCUCAACAUCGAAAGGUUCAAAUUACAGCGUAUGUUGAGUAUUUCGGUCAAUUCACAUCGGAACAAUUCCCUGAGGACAUUGCUGAGCUUGUCCGCAACCGCUAUCCAUGUAACAAACAGCGCCUUUUCGAUGAUGUUCUAGCAACGUUUGUUCUUCACCAUCCAGAACACGGGCAUGCCGUCGUUCUUCCAAUUAUAUCAUGCAUCAUUGAUGGUAUACUGGUGUACGAUAAGAAUGCACCUCCGUUUUCUUCAUUCAUCUCCUUAGUCUGCCCGAGUAGUGAGAAUGAGUAUUCUGAACAGUGGGCACUGGCAUGCGGAGAGAUCCUGCGAAUUCUGACUCAUUACAACCGUCCAAUAUGUAAAACGGAACUUCAAACUAGUGAAACAGAAAGAAGCAGCAGCAGCAGUCAAGCUACAACUAGUGAAUCGGUAGACCAGGAAUCAUCCUUUCAUAUUCCUUUGGUGCAACACGAGAGGAAGCCUUUGAGGCCUUUAUCUCCAUGGAUUACUGAUAUAUUGCUUGCGGCACCUUUGAGCAUCAGAAGCGAUUACUUCCGUUGGUGCAGUGGCGUUAUGGGUAAAUAUGCAGCUGGAGACCUCAAACCGCCUACAACCGCUUCUUCUCGUGGAUCUGGAAAGCACCCUCAGCUCAUGCCGCCAACUCCGAGGUGGGCCGUUGCUAACAGUGCCGGUGUAAUAUUAAGUGUAUGUGAAGAGGAGGUUGCACGCUACGAGACUGCUACUCUAACUGCUGCAGCAGUCCCUGCGCUUCUACUUCCUCCACCAACAACAGCAUCAGAUGAGCAUUUAGUUGCUGGGCUACCAGCUCUUGAGCCAUAUGCACAAUUGUUUCACCGAUACUAUGCCAUUGCAACUCCAAGUUCCACACAAAGACUUCUUCUUGGACUUCUAGAAGCACCGCCAUCAUGGGCCCCAGAUGCGCUUGAUGCCGCUGUACAGCUCGUGGAACUACUCCGGGCGGCUGAAGACUAUGCAACUGGAAUAAGGCUUCCUCGAAAUUGGAUGCAUUUGCAUUUUUUGCGUGCAAUUGGGACUGCAAUGUCUAUGAGAGUGGGUAUCGCCGCCGAUGCUGCUGCUGCUUUACUUUUCCGUAUACUGUCACAGCCUGCACUGCUCUUUCCUCCUUUAAGACGUGUUGAGGGAGUGGCAGUUCAACACGGAUCUUCCGGUGGUUAUAUCUCGUGUUAUGGGAAGCAGAUAGAAGUGCCUGCAGCUGAAGCAACCAUAGAAGCUACUGCCCAAGGGAUUGCGUCAAUGCUUUGCGCUCACGGAUCAGAAGUGGAGUGGAGAAUAUGUACCAUAUGGGAAGCUGCUUAUGGCCUGAUCCCUUUGAGCUCUUCAGCUGUUGAUCUUCCGGAAUUAAUUGUUGCGACCCCAUUGCAGCCUCCUGUACUAUCAUGGACUCUAUACAUACCUCUUCUCAAAGUCCUCGAAUACCUUCCACGUGGAAGUCCUUCUGAAGCAUGUCUCAUGAAGAUAUUUGUGGCCACCGUUGAAGCUAUUUUACAGAGAACUUUUCCUCCAGAAUACUCUAGGGAACAAUCCAGAAAAACGAGAUACAGCAUAGGUUCUUCCUUGAAGAAUCAUGCUGUGGCCGAGCUUCGUAUGAUGAUCCAUUCCCUCUUCUUAGAAUCGUGUGCUUCGGUAGAGCUUGCUUCACGCCUACUUUUUGUUGUCUUAACUGUGUGUGUUAGCCAUGAAGCUCAGUUUCGUGUGAGUAAGAGACCGAGAAGCGAUGAAAGUUAUUGUCCUGACGAGACCAUUGAGGAAUCCCAGGCACAACCGGAAAAGCUGAGAGACAUAAAACCUCAAAAAACGAAAAAUCAAGGGCCUGUAGCUGCAUUUGAUUCUUAUGUGCUGGCUGCUGUUUGUGCUCUUGCCUGCGAGCUUCAGUGGCUCCCCUUGGUUAUAAGCGGAAAUACUCGUUCAACAGCUAAACAUGUUCAAGCUACACCCAACUGUACAAAAGUAAAUGGAUCUUCUAUCGAGUAUGGACAUAGUAUUGACUCAGCUAUUCAUCAUGCUCGCAGAAUCUUAGCGAUUUUAGAGGCACUCUUUUUGCUAAAGCUGUCUUCUGUUGGCACCUCGUGGAGUUAUAGUUCGAAUGAAAUAGUUGCUGCAGCGAUGGUUGCCGCUCAUGUUUCUGAACUAUUUAGACGGUCAAAGGCUUGCAUGCGUGCACUCUCUGUUUUAAUGCGAUGCAAGUGGGACAAUGAAGUUUACACCAGGGCAUCAUCGUUGUACAAUCUCAUCGAUAUUCAAAGCAAGACAGUUGCAUCCAUUGUUACCAAGGCUGAACCAUUAGAAGCACAAUUGAUAUAUCCACCUGUUUGUUUACUCGAAAUGAGGCAAAACAAACGUACGAAAUCUGCUUGUUACGAUCCCGGGCAACUCUCUUCUUCGGAAUGUGAAGAUUCAACCCAUUCGGACAUUAAUCUCGGAUGUGAGAAGGUGUUAGCAUCAGAUGUAGGCUUAGGAAAUUCUUCGGGCAGAGGUGUAGCAAGUUUCUCAGUAGAUGCCUCGGAUUUGGCCAAUCUUCUCAACAUGGAUAGGCACAUAGGAUUCAAUUGCAGUACACGAAUCCUUCUUAAAUCCGUGCUUCCGGAGAAGCAAGAGUUGUGUUUUUCCAUUGUUUCACUAUUGUGGCACAAACUGAUAGCAGCUCCCGAAACACAAAUCACCGCCGAAAGCACGUCUGCCCAACAGGGAUGGAGACAGGUGGUCGAUGCAUUGUGCAAUGUCGUAUCGGCAUCACCGGCAAAAGUGGCUACAGCAAUUGUUCUUCAGGCGGAUAGGGAAUUACAGCCAUGGAUUGCGAAAAAUGAUGAUCAAGGUCAGAAGAUGUGGAGAAUCAACCAGCGGAUCGUAAAGUUGCUAGUUGAACUAAUGAGAAAUCACAAUAGCCCCGAAUCGUUGGUAAUCGUAGCAAGUGCCUCUGAUCUGCUUCUACGUGCCACGGACGGAAUGCUUGUUGAUGGGGAAGCUUGCACUUUACCCCAAUUGGAGCUGCUGGAAGCAACAGCAAGAGCAGUUCAGCCAGUACUAAAUUGGGGGGAAUCGGGACUGGCAGUUGCGGAUGGCCUUUCGAACCUGUUAAAGUGUCGCCUACCAGCGACAACUCGAUGCCUUUCUCAUCCAAGUGCACAUGUUCGUGCUCUCAGCGUUUCGGUACUCCGCCAUAUCUUGCAUGCAAGUUCAGUUGAAUCGAAUUCCAAGGCCAUCCAUGGUCCCUCACAUGAGUUCCACGGUAUUGGUAGUAUCGACUGGCAUACCGAUAUCGAGAAGUGCUUAACAUGGGAAGCUCGUAGUCAACUUGCAAGAGGAAUGCCUAUAUAUUUUAUCGACACCGCUGCCAAAGAACUAGGCUGCCAUGUUUCGACAUAAUCGGUUAUCCUGUGGAUUCUUGUUUCAAGUGAAGCUUCCGAAGCAUGCAACGCAAGGGACCCUUUUUCUUUUUUUGUACUUUUUCUUUUUUUGGUAAAGUACAGAAAUGAUUCUUCUACUAUAUGUUAUUGUUUUGUUGAGUCCUCUAACUAUUAAAAGUAAUAAAAUAAUUCUUUGACUA